GGCGCCGGAAGUCGGGGUGCGGAGGAUUCCGGACGCUCGCGGACCGCUGCCUGCUCUACGCUGAGGUGCUGUGCCGCCAUGGUCUCAGACGAAGAUGAAUUGAAUCUUCUAGUUAUCGUGGUUGAUACCAACCCAAUUUGGUGGGGAAAACAAGCAUUGAAGGAAUCUCAGUUUACGUUAUCCAAAUGCAUAGAUGCCGUGAUGGUGCUGGGAAACUCCCAUUUAUUCAUGAACCGUUCCAACAAACUCGCUGUGAUAGCGAGUCACAUUCAAGAAAGUCGAUUUUUAUAUCCUGGAAAGAAUGGCAGACUUGGAGACUUCUUCGGAGACCCUGGCAACCCUCCACCUGAAUUUAAUCCCUCAGGGAGUAAAGAUGGAAAAUAUGAGCUGUUAACAGCAGCAAAUGAAGUUAUUGUUGAAGAGAUUAAAGAUCUAAUGACCAAGGGUGACAUAAAGGGUCAACAUACAGAAACUCUGCUGGCAGGAUCCCUGGCCAAAGCCCUUUGCUACAUUCACAGAAUGAACAAAGAAGUCAAAGAUAAUCAGGAAAUGAAAUCAAGGAUAUUGGUGAUUAAGGCUGCAGAAGACAGUGCGUUGCAGUAUAUGAACUUCAUGAAUGUCAUCUUUGCAGCACAGAAACAGAACCUGAUGGUAAGUGCUAGUUUGGCAGAGAGCCCUCUGUGUGUCUUGCAGGCUUGUGACAUCACAGGAGGCCUGUACUUGAAGGUGCCUCAGAUGCCCUCACUUCUGCAGUAUUUGCUGGUAAGGAAACAGCAGCAGUGA